CAGCGCCCUCAUGAGGAGAAACCACUGAACUGCAACAGACUGAGUGCUGCUGACCUUUGACCUGGAGAUCAGAGAGGAAAGAGCUGAAUCACGAGCUGCUACAACCUUCAAGCACUGAGAAAUAUGAAGUCUAACAGGUUGGACUGGUACUGUACUUUACAAUUUUGAGCAGCAGAGAUGGUUUUGGAGAGGAAGAUGGACGUCCCGGUCUACGAUCUCUCUCUGAUCCGAGGGAUCUGGGAGGUCCGGGUGAAGAAAUACAGACAGAGACAGAAGAAGGAGCAGGAGAGGAAAGAGCAGAGCGCUCUCGCCAAGAUCGAUCAGCAGUGGCAGUAUCGUAUCUACUGUAAGAAACUGAAAGCCAGUGAACUGAAUCUGCUGCAUAAUUACCUGGAGAGAUCUACACUGACGCAUAUACAGCCAUACACAGAUCUGUCAGAGGCAGAGCAGAUACAGAAAGAUCAGAUACACCAACAGGAUCAGAAGGAUCCAGAUCAGAGCAAGCUUAUCUUCCAGCUGAAUGGAGAACAAUGGACGGAGUUCCCCAAGGAGCUGCAAUGGAUGACCUACCUGAAGGAGUGGCACGUCACAGAGACAAAGAUCUGCAAGCUGCCUGACUACACGGCUCUGUUCACCCAGCUCACUGUGCUCGAAAUUCCCAAAAAUGCCAUCGCAGAGCUGCCACCUGAGAUCGGUAAACUGACCGGGCUGAGGGAUUUGAACGUCAGCUACAACCGUCUGUCCAGAGUUCCUCCAGAACUUGGAAACUGUGAAAAUCUAGAGAAACUCCUACUCGCAGGAAACCACAACCUGUCGGAGCUGCCCUUUGAGCUUAGCGAUCUGAAGAAGUUGGUUCACCUGGACAUAGCGGAAAACAAGUUUGUGUCGAUCCCCAUCUGUGCUCUGAGGAUGCACAACCUGCAGCUGCUGGACCUGAGCCACAACGGUCUGACCGACCUGCCACAAGACAUGGACAGAUUGGAGAACUUGGUCACUCUGUUCGUCCAUAAGAACAACCUGUCGUACCUUCCUCAAUCUCUCAGCGACAUCCCCACACUCAAGAUGGUCGUUGUCAGCGGCGAUGAGCUCAGGUGCAUCCCGACCAGACUGUGCAGCGGCCCCGACAUCAAGUUUAUCCGAUUAUAUGACAACGAUACGAGUAAAGAGAAGAAGAAGAAGAAGGAAGAAGAGGAGAAGAAGAAGAAAGAGAAGAACGAGAGGAGGAAGUGGAAAGAGCAGAAGGAGGAGGAGGUGAAGAAGGACAGCAGAGAGAAAGAGUUCAUCCAUGCGUACAUCGCAACGCUGAAGGACAGAGAAUCCGUCCCCUACUCCACCACAAAGGUUUCCAUAUCCUGCCUGCUGUGAGGAGGAGGAUGAAGAUGAAGGUUAAGCUGAAAGUCUGUCGCUAUGUGAGUGAAUGAAAGAUGUUGAUGCUACAAAAAAAUGUUAUAGCACUUUUCAAAGCAGCACCAAGAAACACAAAAAACAGCCGGAAAACUACAAAAAAGGUCACUUAGAAAACACAAGCCUGUUCUUAACUUUGACUCUUGAGUGCUGCGAUGUUUGAUGUGAAUAUUUGUUUUAUGUUUCAGAUCAGUGUUUUUCAGCUUAAAUGUGAAUGAAAUUCAAAACUGUACAGAGAAAUGUUCCAGUUGCUGUGUAUGGAAGACUGGUUCUGCCAGGAAAAAGUUAGGAAUUGUAAAAAUAAACAUACUCAUCAUGAGCCAAAAUUAUGAGGUACACCAUCAAAAAUAUGAGCUUCUAAGUAAAAGUUAUGUGAUCAGUUAAAAUUUUGACUUAGCAAGCUCAAAUGAUUAAAUGACUGAAUUAAUUUAAAUAAAUCAAGAAUUAUGUCAUCAUUUUUACAUGCCAUGAGUAUUUUUUAUUUAAUUUUUGUCCAAGAGCGUACAUUUGGUUUCAUCUUUGGUAGGGACAAUUCAUUUAAUAAGAGGUGUUCUCUGAUGUUAACUAGAGAUUUUACAUUUUAUUUUAUUGACGUACGGUAAAUAUGAGACAAAAAUGAAAAUUUAAAAUUGACUUAUGAUUUAUUUGCAGAAUAACUACUAUAAGAAAAUAAAUGUCAAAUGAUUUGUAGGUAAUAUGCCGCCCCUUUAAAUCAAUUAUCUGCUGUCAGACAUCUUCAAACCUCUUUGCUCCUUUCAGUUUGUUGAUUUAUAUCUUUCAAUCAUCUCGACAUCUUCUACUUGUAUUAUUUUUUAUUCAACUCUUGAACUUAUGGGUCGAUCUCUCACUACGAUAUCAGAACUAUAUAAAUAUUUCUCCUAAUAAUAAUAAUAAUAAUAACAAUAAUAAUAAUAAUUCUUUAAAAACAACCUGAAGUCUCAACCUCCAGUAAUAACGUUCUUUAAUUAAACAUCAUGUCUGUUAACUAGCAACACCUGAAAUUUAAAUAUGACGUUAGUUUUGUCCAGUGUACACAUUUUCAACACUGUCAUGUUUAGAACAUUUAAACUGUAAAUACUAAAAGCAUUAGAUUCAUUCAUCACUGACUCUACUACUGGGGGGCUGCUGCGGAGUUGAGGGUUGCCAGAUAAUCAAGUCGAGUAUCCCCCAUAUCCUGCUCUCUCACUCUUUAUCAUAAUAACCCAUUUUUUGCAGAAAACAGGGCAAGAUUGCUUGAGAUCAGUAAAAUCAUUGGUAGUGAUAUUUCCCUAUCAUCCAUACCCAAAUCUACGCCAUGUUUUCGUCAUUCCUAAUAUUUCUUUUUUUUUUUUUCCUGGCAGGAAUGAGCUUCCGUACAUUAAGCUAUGUUUGAAUGAAUGAUAAAUGCAUGUUUGAAAGACUGAUGAUCACAGUAAAUAAUUUAUUUAUUGAAUUCCUGCUUUUUCUUUUAAUUCUUUGAGUUGAUGUCAAAUAAAUUUUUGCUUUUCAAAAUUGACUUCUCUCAUUCCAAAAUUAGAUUUCUAACAUUUGAAUAUUGUGUCACCAGCUCAGACACUGACGUUCACAAAAGGUUAUGUAUUAAACAUUUAAUAAUUUAAUAUUUUAUAAAUAUUCCUCUUCGAUCAGGUAUUUGAGAAAACACUCAGGAUGAUACAAGUCCAGGCUGAUUUAUUCAACUUAUUUUGAUUUCUCUGUGGUCUCUGCUGUGACGGUGAUGAUUCUUUUUUUUUUUAAUGUUUUUGUUUUAGAGACAUUUGGAUAAACUGGGUUUUAUGGUUGAAGGUGUGAAUGUUGUGACCAAACAGAGAAACAAGGCUGAAAGAUUCUUCAACAGGAGCAUGUCUCAAUGUGAUUAAUUACAGUUUAGUAAAAAUAUACAGUAUAUAUAUAUUUAUCUAUUAGACACAAAAUUUGUGUAUUUGUAAAUUUUCUGUUUGUUAAAGUUUUUUGAGUUGAAACUACAAAUUUAGUCACAACUGUCAAAAUAGAGCAACUAAUACGACUUAUUUUUUAAAAAACAUAUUAUGGAUUUCUGUAUAAUAAAUAAAUUCCUACUAGUCUCCUGGUUUUGCCUGUUUCUGUCUCUUUACUUUUAUAUUUUUAUUUGUUGUGACUGAUUUCUACUGAAACAGCAUCAGGAUGUUUCUGUGUGAAGCUUUGAUUUAGAAAAGGUGUGUUUAUUUUGUCUCUCAUAUAUAUUUUCAUUUUAAUAAAUGUUUUUUUU